CAAACACUGCAACAAUGCCUGUACCUGGUGCAUGUAUGAACAUCCUGGAGGCUCGUCAGAAGCAAGAGGGUUAUGGGAGCAUCACCAACCCUGAGAAGUUUCUCAAUCAGAACUACAUGGAGCUGAAACAGUACUGUCUCAUCAAAGGAGUAAGGUACAUAGACGACAUGUUCCCACCUGACGUUAGAUCCAUCGGCCAAGGUCUACUGAGUCCUGCUGACCUGAAACGUGUGGAGUGGCUGAGACCACGGAAAAUUGCUCCUAAUCCUGACUUUGUUCUUGAUGGGAUCUCCAGGUUUGACUUUGGAAAGGAAACUGAGACUGCUGGUUUCUUGCGUCUAUUGGAGCUCUGA